AUGAUGAUUCUCAGACUUGAAGAUAAUCUUUUAUCGGGAGAAUUAGCAGAUUGUUGGAUGAAUUGGCAAAAAUUGAGCACGUUGAAUUUAGGUAACAAUAAAUUCAUUAGGAACCUUCCAUCCUCUAUUGGAUCAAUACGUUGGCUUCAGUCAUUGCACCUUCGCAAAAACCACCUCUCCGGUAUACUUCCAACGUCACUUAAAAAUUGUACCAGUUUAACGACAUUUGAUGUUGCUGAAAACUGGUUUGUUGGAAAUAUACCAAUAUGGAUAGGACAAGAAGUUUUAGGUAAGAAUUCAUUAAGUGGAAGAAUUCCUGAAACUAUCGGUGUUAUGACCUCAUUAGAAUCUCUUGAUUUCUCUGCAAACCAACUCACAGGUGAAAUUCCACUAGUCAUUUCAGGGUUGACAUUUUUGAGUCACUUGAACUUGUCUAACAACAACUUGACCGAAAAAAUUCCUACGAGCACUCAAUUACAAAGCUUUGAUGCUUCUAGUUUUGUUGGCAAUGAUCUUUGUGGAUCUCCCCUUCCUAAGAAUUGCACUAGUGCUAUUUUAACUCCAGCCAAUGACCAUAGCGGAGGGAAAAAUGGCAAUGAACAUGAAGUGGAUUGGUUCUAUGUAGGCAUGGCACUUGGAUGUGUGGUUGGCUUUUGGAGCAUAAUAGGUCCAUUACUUGUGAACAGAAGAUGGAGAUACCUUUACCUUUUCCGAGCUGGAUAUGGGGGAAAUGUUCCUCACAACAUUGGAAAUAUUCUCUCCAAUCUGCAAUAUCUUGACCUUGGAAAUAAUUCAAAUAUACGUGCUGAGAAUUUGGGUUGGCUGUCUGGUCUUUCUUUGCUGAAAUACCUUGAUUUGAGCUUUAUGGAUAUCAAGAAGUCUCUGAUUGGCUGUGGGUGA